AGUUGUACGGAGGAAGAAGAGGUGAAGUGACAGAGGAGUGGAAGGAGAUCUGAGAGUGUGGUCACCCCUCCCCUCCCCCCUCCACACUUCAAUACAGAGACAUGUGACCCCAUUGGACGGCCUUUGAAGAGGACACAGCGCACGAGGUCUUGUAGAGAGAAGAAGACCCUGGUUGGGGUGGUUGUCGGUGGUCGGUGACCAGAAGAGGACAGGACAAGACCAGAGCUGGUCACCUACCUCUCUCUUUCUGGAUUCUGGUGCAUUGGCGCUCUCUUUCUCUCUCCAAGGUGCUGAAAGUCUUCCCUGGUCCUGAGUGGUCCCAGCCUGGUCCUCAGGGAGGAUGGGAGUGGGACGUAUCAGUUGGUGACCCCCCUGCAUUGCCUGUUGUGUUUGAUGAGAGAUCAGAGCCUUCUACUUUCUGCCAUCCUGUAUCUCCUCCACAGCUGAAGACUUCUCCCUAGCCCUCUCUCCCCCUCUCUCUCUAUCUCCUCUCCCUCCACUCAUCGAUUUUACCAUCAUUGCUCCAACCUUCCAUUGAUUUGUCUUCUGAGGGCUCCUGGCCACCCACCUCACAGGACUGGUCAUAAGUGGGACUUGGCUGGAGAAGACCUUGGAGGAGCUAUGGAUGAGGACCUUCUCUAAGACUGUCCAUAAGGACCAAUACAACUUGGGGAUAUAACAGUCACCGAUUCUCCUCUGCCGGCUCCUUCAGCCUCAAUGACAUUUUGAAAGUUGACCGGAAUGGAGGGCUCCAACGGGUUUGGAAUUGACACCAUCUUGUCCCACAGAGCUGGUAGCCCCGGGCUCGCCCAAGGAGACCCACUGAUGGGGGAGAGCAGGUCCCCCUUGGAGCUCAGUCCCAGCUCUGAGGUCAGUAGCCUUUGCUCCUCUCCACCUUCCCCAUCUAGAGAAUGCAUGGACUCGGUCAGCUCCAGGCAAGGGGUCGCCUUGGCCAUUGAGUCCCACCUGCAGCCAGGGGUCCAGGUCCUCUCAGCUCCAUCCCAGUCCAGGACCGUCACCUCUUCAUUUUUAAUCCGGGACAUCCUAGCGGACUGCAAGCCACUGGCCACCUGCGCUCCUUACUCCAGCAAUGGGCAACCAGCCCAGGACUUGAGUCACUGCUUGUCCAGCAAAGCUGCAGAGGACUUUAGGGACAAACUGGAGAAAAGCAGCAGCUCCACAUCCUCAGAAUCCGAAUAUAAAGGUAAAGUGAAAGAAGAGGGAGAUCGGGAGAUUUCCAGUUCCAGGGACAGUCCCCCAGUGAGGUUGAAGAAGCCCCGGAAAGCCCGCACCGCCUUCACCGACCAUCAACUGGCGCAGCUGGAGAGAAGUUUUGAGCGACAGAAGUACCUGAGUGUUCAGGACAGGAUGGAGCUGGCAGCCUCACUCAACCUCACAGACACACAGGUCAAGACUUGGUACCAGAACAGGAGGACAAAGUGGAAGAGGCAGACUGCAGUUGGACUGGAGCUGUUGGCAGAGGCGGGUAAUUACUCUGCCCUUCAGAGGAUGUUUCCUUCACCAUACUUUUACCCACAAAGCCUUGUUUCCAACCUGGAUCCCAGUGCAGCCCUCUAUUUGUACAGGGGACCUACAGCACCUCCACCAGCUUUGCAGAGACCUCUGGUGCCGAGAAUCCUUAUUCAUGGACUUCAGGGUGGUGCUGAGCCCCCACCUGCCCUUCCCCCUUUGACAGGAGUCAUUCCAAGGGCGGCACAGCCCCGAUGAAGACGCCUACCUAUCACCUACCGGGUGCCAAUGCCAGAGGUUGCAGAUUAGCACCACAGAACAACAGAUGAGCAAGAGAGUUUCUUGUAGGAACGGAACAGCCCUACAAUAUCUUUGCUUAAAAGUGACCUUCUAUGCCUAAGAGGACAAUUCGGAAACCUUCAAGAUUGAAGGAAAGCUACUCAAUGCGAGCCCCUUAUUUCUCAGAAAUCGAACAAAUGACAUAAGCUAUAUGGAGUAUGUCUUAUAUCUACUAUACCUAAAGGGACCUUGUAAUAAUACAUAUUAAUAACAAAUCCAUAAGCUUUUCCAAAAAGAAAAAAGGUUUGAACUGUAUUUAGCAAACAAAGGGGGUGAUAUUAAAAAUGUAAAGAAGUUGCUAAGCACUAUAUUUCUAUGGUCUCAUAAAAUAACCCUAUUAUGAUUCUAAAGAAUCAGUCUAUAACUUUGUCUUUUAAAGAAAUGUUUCCCCAUUCCUUUGUCUGUUAAAUGUAAAUUUUUCCUAGUUUGUGACCACUCCAACUCCUCAGCAUGUCACAGCUAGAAAAGUCUGAAAGAAAACAGCUCCUGUGAUGCAAUGUAAGCUGCCAUUGCUUUGAUAUAUAAAAGCUCUGCCAUCAGUAGUGAAGGGGCCGUUACAGGCACAGUGCUUUCAAGGGUUUCGUGUCAUCUCAAGGAGUCAAAAGUUUUCAUCGGUUGUAUUUAAUGUAUUGGAAAAAACCUUCAUAUUGAUACAUUGCCCUGCUUUAAAAUUAGACCAUUUUUUUUUAAAUAAAUAAUUACAAUCAGCUCCUAGGCUAGAUUCACAUGUA